GUAAUUCACACGCAUACUUUGUGCGGAGAAAGCAAAGUUGUUUUCUAUCAUGACGUAUGGAAUAUUCGAAGCUAUUUCAUCUCAGUAUUUCUUCCAUCUGCGUGCUCUUUUCUUUAAUAUAUGCAUCCACAUCAGAGAGAUGAGUGACAUGAUUUUAGAUACAGCUGGUCCGCCAUUAUUCGUUGAAGAUCAAAAGCAUAUCAUCGAUAUGGACGAAUGCUUUGACCAUUGGCUCCAAGAGGUGUGUGAUGGUGUAAAAAGAAACGACGCAGCAAUCGACGAAGUCGAGAUCGAUCACAGCGGAGAACUGCACACCUUCGAUGCAACCGAUAUGAGACUUCUGAAAGAUGCUAUGGAAGGGAAUCGAUUCGUUACUAGUUUCGUAUUCCGAUACAUAACAAUCGAUAAAAAAACUGCUGAGCUUCUGACAACUAUGCUCGCAAGCAGUACGAAUGCAAUUACAAAUUUACACAUGGAAGAGAUUCAAGGGGGAGAAGGUACCAACGCAGCCGCGUUGGCUCUUACACUCAAUCCAGAAAGUUCCAUAAAAUCGCUUUGUUUGAUAGGGAACAGCAUCGACGAGGCAAAUUCCAAGGCUAUCGGUAUGAUGCUGAAAUCAAAUCGAGCACUCUCAGAGCUGAGACUGUCGCAAAAUUCAAUCGGAGAUGACUGCAUCUCUCACAUUUCGUCAGGAUUAAAGAGCAAUAGAACUUUGACAAUAUUAGAUUUAGAAGGAAACGCUCUGACCGACGCAUCGGUGUCCAUGAUUUGCAAUGCACUUGGUCAUAACGACAAACUCGAAUUCCUGAGUUUGGAUUUUAACGACUUUGGGACGUUUGGCACUCGAGCGAUCGCCUCGAUGCUGCGAAGAAACAACUAUCUAAAGGAAUUGCAUCUAUUUGGGAACAGAAUCGAUUCGGUUGGUGCUGCUGCUUUGGCCUCUUCUCUCCGUCAAAACACAUCUUUGAAAAAGCUCAUUCUAUCAUUUAACAAUAUAGGCAAUGAAGGAGCUAAAGCAUUGGCCGAAGCGCUGACUGUUAAUCACACAUUGACGCAUCUUUCUUUUCCUUCCAAUAGUAUAUGGAACGAAGGAAUCGAGGCGUUUGGAGAUUGUCUACCGAAAAUGAAGGGUCUCGAAGAAUUAAACGUGGGCGAUUUGUUCGACACUCCUGCGGCUGAUUCACUUUUGAACGGAUUGAAGUGCAACACUCGGCUUUCUAUCCUCUACGUACAACUGCCAGUAUGCGAAGACUAUACUGUCGACGACGACGAGGCUAGCGAGGGCUCGUCACAAUGUAGCUGCAGCGUUUCACCUAUCGAGAAAGAUAUUGACUUUUUCCUUCGGUGCAACAAAAGUGGGAGGAGUCUGUUGCAAUCCAUCACUCCUUCUCCAUCUAGUUUAUGGGCUGAGGUACUAGGGAAAGCUAACACAAAUCAAACGCCUUCUGGGGUACCGGACGUCUUGUACCAUCUGAUUCGGGAACGACCAGAUCUUCUAUGCAAUACCAGAUAGAAAACGAUUACUCCUGAUAAUAAAGCAAAGACAAAAAUUCUCAUCACGAGACAUGUGGCGGCAUAUCUUUGAGAAAUAUUGUGCAAAUACUGUAAAAAAAGUGUAAUCAUAAAAGCCUUAUUUUUGAACAUAAAGUUACCAAUAAACG